AACUGAAGCCCCCCCAAAUGAACAGCAGAGAACAACUGGACUCUCCAGCUCUAUUCUUGCAAGGCUCCAGGAUGUUGAUGUCCGGUAUGAGGAGGAUGAGUUCCAGAGCCCUCUCUUAGGAGAAGGGUCUUCGAGGCGUCCUCAAUAUGACACCCAGUCAGACCUCCAUCUUGUAAACCCGAGGACUCCUGCUACCCUCCGCUUGGGAUCAACUUCAGGAACUGGCAAGAGGAAAAACCCGCCCAAAGCCACAACAAAAAAAACAACGCAAGCCAAGCAAGCAAACCAACGCAAAGCAGCUGCAAAAGUGACGGGAGUAAGUAGAUCGAGAAGUAUAAAAAGUCCACUUCAGGGAGCAAAGGCGUCUAAACAACUAGCAGCAAGAGUUAGACCCCCUGCUAGAAAGAAGCUAUGUGUGGAUAAAAUUGUUCAGAAUCAAGAUUUACCUUGUAAUAAGGAUGGAGGAAAAAUAGCUGGAUCGAGCAGAGGAGUAAUGCAAGUAUUGGUUUGA